CGGUUUCGGUUUUGUUGUUUUGUGUUUGUGUAUUGUAUGCGAUAAAAUAGCUAUUCUCAACUAUUAGAAUAUUCCAGUAAUUUCUGAAACAAAUCUUCGUAUAUUGAAGUAUUAAAAUGGACAAGAGAGAACGUCGUUCUAAUGCGGGGAACCUUCUCGCGAAAGUUCUAGACGAGGAGGAGGAUGAUGAGUUUUAUGCGACAACUUACGGAGGCUUCCAAGAAACUGAGGAAGAUAAUGAUUACAUGCUAGAGAAAGAAGUAGAUGACGAAGUGGACUCAGACUUUAGUAUUGAUGAGAAUGACGAACCUAAAUCUGACGAAGAGACGGAGGAAAAACGGACUAGGAAAUCGGGCACUAAAGUCUAUCAGGAUCCGAAUAAAAAGAAAAAAGGUGGUUCAGCACCAGGACCAUCAUUGGGUGAUAAAGUAAAAAAGGUAAACGAAAGAAAAGCAAAGGAACCAAAAGAAAUUAAGCCUAAAGUAGAGAAGACUGAGAAAACUGAGCGAAUAGCAUUGGAUGCGUCUAUUGAACGUAAAUCAAUUCGGCAAAGUACUGCAGUCAAGUCAGCGGAAACACAGCAAAGAAUCAAGAUAAGAUCGGAAUUAAAAAAGAAAAAAGUCAAGAAAGUUGAAGACCGCAUGCCAACACAGGAAGAAUUGUUGGCAGAAGCACUUAUUACUGAACAAGAGAAUCUUAAAAGUUUAAAGCAAUUUGAACAAAUCGAAUUGGAGAGGAAAAAGAUAAGGCCCACAAAGAAAACUAUAACUGGACCUAUUAUUAGAUAUCAUACCUUUGCGGUUCCCUGCCUGAUAGAAGAAGUGCCUCAGGAAGAUGAAAAGUCCAACUCAUUAGAUGAACUCAAUCUGAGUGAUCUUAUUAAAACUGAAGAAGGUUUACUCACACCAGGUGACAUAGAGAUGGCAGAUGUGAAGACCGAAACGGUUGACCAACCUGAUGGGCAAAUUGAACCAGGAACUAAAAUGAAUGUGGACUUCAUUGGACCUGAUGAAGAGGUUAAUAUAGAAAAUGUGCCUAAAGAAGAGAAAAAAGAAGCUAAGAAGAAGGAAAACAUUAAGUACUAUGAGCGGACACUAUUGACGUUUGAAAAUGACAUCAAUGACGAGGCGUUUAGGUCGUGUUUCCCUGAACCAAGGCCCAGGAAACAUAGACAAAUGCUGUGUGCUGUUACUAAACAACCAGCUCGCUACAUAGAUCCCGUAACAAAGUUACCAUACAGUAGCGUUGACGCAUUCCGUAUUAUUCGCGAAGCCUACUACCAACAGUUAGAGGCUCGAGGCGAUAGGAACGACCCGGAGAUAGCCGCCUGGCUGGAGUGGCGACGGGCUGAUCAAGCUUCUACAUAUGUUCAGAUACAUAUUAAGUAAUUAGUUAUAAGUUUAUCUGUAUGGUAGUAAUUGUAUGGUAGAUUUAGAAUUGUUUUGCAUCAAAACAGCUAAUCAAUUUUGUUUUCAAUCAACUGCUUAAAACCUGAGAACUUUUUUUUUGUAUUUUUUUCUGAUUUCUCAAUCUUCAAUAUGUUUUUUUUGUUUAAGAAUAUCUCACAGUUAGCUUCAGUUUAUGUAAAAUUAAGUCUCCAAUCCAC